AUGGAGACUGUGAGUAGCAGGUCUCCCUUGGCCCUCUGUGCAGUUUGCAACAAAGAGUUGCCGAAGUAUCGCUGCCCGGCCUGCGACAUCCGGAGCUGCUCAGCCGACUGUGUCAAGGAGCACAAGGUGCAGACGGGCUGCACAGGGAAACGAGCUCGCACUAAGCACGUGGCGCCACUCAACUCCUUCACGGACGAUGUCCUCCUUCGGGACUUCGGGCUCUUGGAGGAGGUGGAUGCAGCAGUCGAUCGGGCAAAUCGGGACCUCAGGAUCCGUGACGAGGAGUUACGACUCUACCAGCCCAAGCGCCACAAAAUGCGAAUCGAGCUGGCGAGGGCGUGCGCUGUGCCAGAGAGGCAGAUGAGGUUAAUCCUGGCUCCCUUCGCGAUGUCCCUUGCUCGGGAGAACACGUCGCGCGUCGUGGACCCCGGCGGCAAGGGCAAGCGGAAAGGCAAAGGCAAAGGGAAAGGAAAGAAAGGCUCCAAGAGCACGGCCUCCGAGUCAAAGCCGGUCUACAUCUCUUGGCGAGUUGACUGGCAUUUUGGCGCUUGUGGGCAAGUGCUCACGGACCGAAGCACAGCAGAGCACGAGGUGGUAGGCCAAGUGCUGGAGCGGUUCCUCAAGAACUCCUGGUCACGGGGGCCUACGCGGCAUCUUCUCCUUCCGUAUGCCGAGCAAGGUGUGGAUGAGCUGCAGGUCUUUCUGCAGCAGCCCCUUCGCGCCAGAGCUGAGCGCAAUAGCUGGAGAUCCAGACGCGAGAUGUUGCUCGAGGAGGCGGAGGAGGAGAUGCAAAGUGAAGAAGAUCCACCCGCAAAGAGGCAGAAUCCUGAGUCGAGCCCCCGUUUCCCUCCUCCGCCUCCUCCGCCACCUCCGCCGCCUCCGAAGCCUGGACUUCCCAGCGAGGAGUCGGCGAGCGAGGAGUCGGAGAGCGAGGCAGCCGAGUCCAAGGCGGAAGACUCCGAGGCAGAGGACCACUUCGAACCCUUCGCCAGGCUCGACUUGUCGCGCACGCUGAGGGAGAACCUGAUGGACAAAGCAAUCGUUGAAUAUCCGGUUCUUCACGUGGCUCUUCCUCAGGAGGUCCAGCGCUUUCUGGCAGAGUGA